AUGAAACUCUGCGUUUCUCAGCCCAGUUCUCAAGCAAAUAUUGCUACUGACGCUAUUGAUCGUGAAACGGCAUGCGUCAAGACUCCUUUUGAGCAUGAAUUGCAUCCAUGCACCAGUUCUGCAGUUCGAUCUUCAUCACUCAAAGGUUCCCGGGCAUUCGCUUUGAAUCGCAUAUCUACUGGACCUGUCAGUCACAAAAAGGAAAAAGUCCAAUACAAAAGAGUAUCCGUCGAAACAAGCAUGGUUGCUGAGGUACUUUUCUAA